AUGGCUCUGAAAGCCGUCCACGUCACCGAUGUUCCCAAUCUCGAUAACAAUGCAUCCCUUUCUCUCUACCCUUCUCCUUCCUCCAGGGGCGCGGGCAAUGGGAGUACGACGGAGCCGAAUUUUAUGUUGAUCGGGCACAAUGGGAACGGGAUGAAUGAGCUGCAGUCGUCGGAUUUGAGGAUGAAGGCUGUGAAGGAGAACACCAUCCUCUCCUUCAAUACCGCCGCCAAAAACCCCAUUGAUUUCGUUGAGUUUGAUGUUCAGGUGACAAAAGAUGGGAUUCCCGUUAUUUUCCACGACAUCUUCAUCUUCUCCAAAUAUAAUGGGACAAUCUACGAAAAGCGGGUCACUGAACUGUCUCUGUCCGAGUUCCUUAGCUACGGUCCUCAAAGAGAAUCAAAUUCCAAAGGGAAACCCCUGUUGAGGAAAACAAAGGAUGGCAAAAUUGUAAAUCGGGAAGUUGAAUCCGACCAUCCCGCCUGCACACUACAAGAGGCUUUCCAGGAAGUGAAGCCCUCGAUCGGUUUCAACAUUGAAUUGAAAUUCGACCAUCACAUUGUUUACCAGUCGGAAUAUCUUAACUGCGUGCUGCAAGCAGUGCUGCAAGUCGUCUUUCAACACGCCAAAGAAAGGCCUGUAAUCUUCUCGACUUUCCAACCGGAUGCCGCCUUACUAGUUAAGAAGCUUCAAAACACUUACCCCGUGUUUUACCUCACGAAAGGUGGGAACGAAAUAUACUAUGAUGUCCGGAGAAAUUCUUUGGAGGAGGCCAUCAAAUUGUGCAUUGAGGGCGGAUUGUCUCGGAAGUUAGGGCUAUUUUUGGAAAUCCGGCUGCUUAAUGUGCCUGAGGCAGUGUACAUGCAACAUUUGAUGGGUGUGGAUGGUGUGAUUGUUGAUUUCGUGCAAGAUAUAACGGAGGCUUUUACGAAAAUGCUGAAGCCUUGUGAGGAGGGAGUUGAGAAAGAGAUUUUGUUUGGAAAAGUUGAGGUUAUGGGGAGAAAGCCUCAGUUCUCACAGAAUGAGUUGGCUUUCUUGUUGAAGCUUAUCCCUGAGCUGAUACAGUGA